GUGCACACCGAACAAAUCAGCUUGUACGCCUGCGCCCGCGACCGUGUGUAUAGUGUGUGUGUGGUGCGCGUCGUGCGUGUAUUUGUGUUAAUGUGAGUGACAAGUGAACGUCGUGUUCCACCACAGUUGUUUGUCCUCACGGGUAUACAACAUUUUUCUCGAUCAGCGGCCGUCCUGCAUCUCGUCUCGUUAUUUUGCUCCUCCAUCUUUUCUUAGCUAUUUCCAUCAAUCCGAACGCGUCCCAAUCGGCUUGUCAUACACAGCAGCAGCUUCAGCAACACCGAGUACGCAACACCCGUCGUUGAAUUUCCUUCCGGAUCGCGUCGUGUGUUCACGGGUUUUGUUUUUAUUUUUAUUCGUUUUUCGAAAUUUUCUUUUCCGUACGAACGUCUACGAUCGCAGCAGUCAUCCCGUUUUACCAGAGCGCCCCGCACGCUUUGCGCAUCUUGUACGUACCUCCCGCCGCCACGACGGACGAAAAUAAUAUUGACAUGGAGAAGAGAAUCGAACUAGAAAAGAGAGGUCGCAAACCUGAAGAGAUAGAUCAAUUGAUUUUGGAUGAUUGUCGUAGCACUGCAAUAGUUGGCCUUACAGAUGAAUAUGUUGGGUUACGUAGUCUGAGCUUAAUUAAUGUUGGUUUAACUAGUUUAAAAGGUUUUCCAAAGUUGCCUUUACUUUUAUACUUGGAUGUCAGUGAAAAUCGAAUUUCAAAUAGUCUGCAAAAUUUGAGCGGUUGUAUCAAACUUAAAUCAUUGAAUCUCUGCCAAAAUAAAUUGAAAGACUUUGAAGCUAUUGAACCAUUGAAAUCAUUAGAACGUCUCAAGUUUUUGGAUUUAUCUAGUAAUGAAGUAACCAAACAAGAAGGGUAUAAAGAAUUCGUUUUAGAAAAGUUCUCAAAAACCCUCAGAUGUUUAGAUGGAGAUUCUCUCCUUAAUGGUAAAGAUGAAUCAGAUUCUGAUAGUGAUGAUGACGAGGAGGAUGGUUCAGAAUCAGAAGCUGAAGUAGAAGAAGGUGAUGGUGAAGAAGAUGAUGAUGAUAGUGACGAUUAUGACUCGGAUGAUCAAGUAUAUGAAGCUGGUGAAGUAGGUUUGGAAGAAAUGUUAAAAGAUAAUAUUGAUGAAGAAAGCGAAGGAAAUGAUUAUGUAUUAGAUGAAGAAGAUGGUGUUGAUCAAGAUUCCAGUGAUGAGAGUGAUGAUGAUGCUGGCGAAGCAGAUGAUAGCACUGCUAAUGAAUCACAAGAUACUAGAGGGAAAAAAAGGAAACUGGAUGAUGAAUCUACUGAGUAAAUUAUUUUAAUUACUGUUAUGUUGAGUGGAACAAAUUGUAUGUAUGUGUCCCACACAUAAUUUUUUUAUUAUAACUAUUAAUUUUUUUUUUUUUUUGUAAAUUGUUCUAUUAGACAUUUUAAUGUUGUACUACACAAAUAUUUUAAUUUAUUUUGAAAUUAUAUGCCAUUAUAUUCAUACAUACUAAGCUUUGAUUUUAGACUUGCUAAGCAAGAUAUUUUGAAUUUUCAUGGUCAACAUUAUUUAUAUCUUAACUGUUAA